AGCGACAUUAACAUUGAAACCUUUUGAAAAAAGUUUCUUAAUUAACCCAUUUUUUAACUUUGGCAAACAUAAUUCAUCAUUAUCAAACCCUAAUGGAUGAAUUAAUGAAGAAUUUGUCUUUUUAACAUACACUGGGGCUAGUCUUUAUGCAUCCAAAAAUAGAGUGAAAUUGUAAAUCGGGUAUCUUUAAAGCACCAGAAAUCUCUCUUGUUGGUUUCUUUUUUCCCCACCUUUGUUCGUCUGUAGGCUGGUUAAAAUACCGCAAUCCGCCAUCAAUUCAAUUGCUUUGAUUUCUCUCUCGAUCUCUCCUCUUCACUUCUCCUAAAAAAUAAAUAAAAAAUGGCGGCGAAUAACGCUGACGAGGAGCUCCGCCUUCUAGACGAUGACAUUCGCUCGCUACCGCCUAUGGCAGUCAAGGACUUACUCUCUCUCAAAUUAUGUCCUCAGUGUAUUCUUCGACUAUUUGGGAAAUAUGGACCUAUUUAUUCCCACUAUUCCCGAAUCUCUACUUUAUUAUCAGAGGUCGUAGGGGUUCAGCCUAGCCAGGAUGAUCCUUCAAUAAAUGGCUCUGCUAAGGAAGAUGUUAUUUGCAGUGUCUGUUAUGGCAUUCUGCAGUUUAUCUAUGUCGAUGAGAAACAAGCAUUGGUGAACCGAGGUUGUGGCAGUGACUUUGCUGCAUUAAUAUGUGAACUCAUCAGGAAGGAAGGUCAUCAAGCUGAUAGCUUUUCACUUGAAGUCUCUAUCCCUCCAAUUAUUCUGGAGAAUGAAGAUGCUAUCAGGCUAUAUAUGAAAGAAAAAUACAGUUCCAAGGAUUGGUUUAGAGAAAUGCUUCACUCUGAAGUCAUUUCUGUCAAGGAUGCUCUGAAGUUAUAUAUAGCAAAUCCUCUUGAGAUGAUGUUGGGUUUCACAUCCGGUUCAAGCUCUUUCCGUGUUCGUUUGACUUACACCUCUUCUGAAAUCUCAGCAAAGACUAGUAAUGGAAAAGAAAAUAACCAUGUUGGCAAGAAGAGUAGAACAGAUAUUGGCAAUACAGAUGGAAUGGGAACAGAGAGUACUUCUGACAGCUUGCUAGAGAAAACAUCCCUCAGAUUAUUGGAGAAGAAGAUCCCAGGCUGCUGCUUGGAAAUCCGUUGUUCUAGGACACCUAUGUAUAUUGGUGGUAGAUACUUGAAGUACUCUAGAAAUGUGAGUCAGACACGAUGGAUUAUUGAUGAUGAAAGGAUGGGAGAAGCAUCUGUUGAGGAGAUUGUGGGCAAUAACGUUCUUCCAUUUUGCAAGGGCGAAAAUUACAAAUUCCAUGCCGCUGGUAGAGAAGACAUCGAUGUCCGGAUGUUGGGCUCAGGACGACCCUUUAUACUUGAGAUUCAAAAUCCUCGAAUCUUGCCAUCAGAAAUAUCAAUAAAAGAGAUAGAGAAUAAAAUUAAUAGCUUGGAGGGAAAAUUGGUGAGGGUGAAAAAUCUAAAGAUUGUUGAUGAUCAAGGUUGGACCUUAAUGCGUGAAGGUGAAGCAGAUAAGCAGAAGCAAUAUGCAGCCCUAGUGUGGAUCUCUCGUGAACUUGAGGAAACAGAUUUGACAACUAUAUCUUCAUUAAAAGAUUUGAAAGUGUUACAGAGAACUCCAGUGAGGGUGCUUCAUCGUAGAAGUCCACUAGAACGUGAAAAGAUAAUCCAUUGGAUGAAUAUUGAGAAGAUUACUGGAAGUACCCAAUUUUUUCUCCUACAUCUCUGUACGCAGGCUGGAACAUAUAUCAAGGAAUUUGUCCAUGGAGACCUGGGACGUACUCAUCCAAGCCUUGGUUCGAUUCUGGAUUGUAGGGCAGAAAUUCUCCAACUUGAUGUAACGGAUGUCAAGAUGGAUUGCUUCCUAGACAAAAGGCUCCCUGUUUCAGCUGGCAGAGACCUUUUAAGGAGAUACGAGCAGUUCAAGGCGCAUCUUUCAGCCGUUGUGGACUACUUGGCUGUAUGGUUGCUUCUUUAUUAUCCUUGGUUUCCUUUACAAGCAGUGAAGAAUAGGUUAUGCAAUUUAAAUUUAUGUUUCAUUUGAAGAUUAGUUAUUUGCUUAGAUUUCACUUUUCAGUCCUUUUGAGUUUACACAUUAUUAUUAUUAUUAUUAUUAUUAUUAUUAUUA